ACUAGUGUAUUCGUAUGUAGCGAGGAAGCCAAUAAUGCCUGUGCAACAGUAGACUUAGAGGACUGGAGACGGCCUCGGUCGGAAUCCUCUACGGGUGCGGAUACCGAUUCAGUUUACAUGCACGGCUCUACGUGCGUCGAUCAUCGUUCGAAUAGAAGAAAACUUCAGAAACGCGGCGGGUGGUUCAGUUGGUUCUGGAGGAUACGAGCGUGGUGUGUAGCGUGGUGGCAUUCCGGCCGAGAGGACAGCGACACCGAAGAGGAAAGCCCAAGUGAACAAGCGCCCGGUUGUGCCACCCCUAUGUCACUUGAGACUCCCCUUCAAAGUUCAGUUUCGCGCUGCACUUCACUUAAUGUAAUUAGAGAUCCUUACGCGAUGGGAUUAUCGCCCCAGCAACGAGAAUUUGCGCUCGCUCAGACAAGUUUGACACCAACGCGACUAACUCCUAGGGACACAAGAAGUUUACCGGCAGCGAAUCGUUUAACGGGACGAUCAGUUUCAAGCGAUAGUGUUUAUACAAUUCUAAUCAGACUUCCGGGAGAAUCGACGGAGGGCACCACGUCGGCCGAAACGCCUUCUAUAAAGAUGAUUUCGGAUGAUGUACCGAGACCUGCAAUAAGGUCCCAUACUGACACAAAUUACGCAUUCAGUAAUGUACAGACGAAUCAUUUAAAUAGAAGGCCUUCGGCGAUGCCCGACAUACGUAUACCGUUAAACGCGAAAAUUAUUCCAAAGCAAUUAGCCGGUAGGACAUUAUUAUCAAACGCGUCAAAACAACAAGUGAAAAAGAAAAAACGUACGACGGAGAAGAAAGCCGACAGAAAGGCGGCCAAAACGCUUUCGGCUAUUUUAUUAACUUUCAUCAUCACGUGGACGCCUUACAAUAUUCUCGUUUUAUUAAAACCGGUAACUGCAAGUAGUGCGCGGAUUCCUCCCCAGGUCUGGGACUUUUUCUAUUUCCUUUGCUAUAUCAAUUCAACCAUAAACCCAAUGUGUUACGCUCUUUGUAAUGCUAGCUUCAGGCGUACAUACCUGCGUAUACUUAAAUGCAAAUGGCAGAAUCGUAACAGAGCCGCAAUGAACCGUGGUUUCUACAACUGAAACUUUCGAACAAACUCAAAUGCGUACAUUUCUCGAAACGCAUUCAUUAUAUCAACGCAUGUAAUAAUAAAUCCCAACGAACUCCGUAGUUCAAAGACACUGUCUAAAUGUUUUUUAUAUUUGUAAAUGUAUUUCGCUCAAAUCGUGUUCUAAACCGUGCGUGAAAGAACUAGUAGGUUAAUAAAGAUAUUUAUACAUAAUAUAGAGGCUGUGUGUUAGAUUUAGUUUCAUUUAAUGUUCUUGUAAGGGCAAGACCAAUUUCUGGACAUCCAACUCUAUAUUGACGUGCAAGGUUGUCUUCCACAUCCCCAAUUCUUGUAAAUGGCAAUGGACAAAGAAACGGACGAAAAGUGUGUUCCAGUUUAUAUAAAUCAAACAUCUUCACUGUACAGUAUAGUGCUAUAAAACAAGAUCAAUUGUAUAUUGAGUAAUUUAACUGUUACCUCGAUCAAUCCGGAGCUUCGUAGCGCCUUGGUGUCUAGCGAUUAUGUUUAGAAGCAAUAAUUGGCCAUGAGAACAAUAAUUUGUUUCCAAUAUAGGAAUUUUUGAGGUUGACGGCAUCGCCACUGUAUUUAUUCAUUGUGAACGUGAGAUAUUGCUAAAUGAAUUUAUUCAAUAUUGUAAUAUUUACCACGCUAUACCAUUUGUAAAUACCCACUCAGAACGGUACGGGUCAUUAACGAUGACGUUCCUUUGGAAAUGUGUAUGUUGUAAUACACAUUUAUGUAUAUGCUGAGAUGAUUAAACAAAUCCUAAGGAUUUUGCAUAGACGCAUAUUUUAUUUUCAACAUUUCGCUUUAAAAUUUCUUUUUCGGUAAAAUAAUAAAUUGUCGUUUAUUAUUCGUGAGGCAUCCCAAUUUUAAACGUUAACUUUCCGUACUGUGAGUGAAACAUUUCAUUAGCUUCUUUAAACGUACGGUAAAUUAAGCAGAAAAAUACAUUUGCGUAGUAAAUCUUACAAAUAACGAACAGGCAGUGGGAAAAUGUAAUUUGACAAUCUUCAUCUCGAUGUUUCGCUCCUACACGUCACUACAACAUACUUCCUUCUUAUAUAAAUUGGGCAGAAAUAUUUACUUACAUUUUUCUAAUUGAACUACAACAAAGAUAUACAUAUGAAAGAAGGAAUUAUGCUCUCACUUCCUAUUUUAUAUACCAUGGAUUCGUGCUAAAUUGUAUUCAUCUUUAAUUAUUCCCAUACACCGACCGUAUCAUUUGUACAUCAUCUGGGAGGCCUAUUUGCCUUAAUUUUACGAGCACUGCUAAACCGAAUGAACGAAUAGUUUUAAAACUAAUCUUAUAAUUGAGGUGUAUGGGAAUCAUUACUUGUAAUUGUGUGUUAUUUAAGUAUAUUUCACAGUGGAGUCCUAAGCAUGGUAAUGUUUACAACUUUAAUGUGAACCAUUUCAGAAGUUUCGCAAAAUUGAUUCGCGUUAAUUUAAUCCGGCCCCUUAGAAAAUUGUGUGAAUUACAGUAAAAUAAAAUGAAUUUGAUGUGCGUAAUUUUGUUUAGCGGUAUACUUGCAUCUAUCUCUAUUAUAGAGGCGAUUAACUGGAUCUUUUUUUCUUUAUCCGAUUUAUUAAAACUGAGACUCGAUGUAACAACUAUAAAGCGCACAUUAGGUACAAUUUAAUAAGAAUAAAAACAGAAAGACUUUUGUAACAUUUACCGUUCCCACUAUAAGAUAGUGGUUUGUAAAUGAAGUUAAUAAAUAAAAUGUUGUUUUAUAUACUGAUGUAUUAAAUAAAUUUUAUUAAAAAUCCCAUUAAAUCAACUGACAAGUUACGGGUAUUAUAAAAUAAUGUUAAUGAAAUGUAUAAAAUAAUGAAAUAAUAAAGUUCGGUUUAAAUAGUAA